AGGGGCAACGGUUGCCCUUUCUAGUUAAAUAGGUCGACCCCAUUUAAGCCUCAGUCCGGGCUCGCUUUUCUCCGGCUGAGAGGACACUUCUGUCAGGCUCCAGCAGGUCUGAUCCGCCUCGUUGUUGACUAGGCAGUCUCAGAAGCCUGGCCAUUUACUUUGCAAACCGGACAGUGUUUUAGGUUUGCCUCCAGUAUCUGCUGCUGUCACUACUACUGCUAGUUCAAGCACCAUGCUGUUUACUUCAAUCUCAAAUGUUUCUACCUCCACAGCUGCUACGGAGCUCUUAUUUGGUGCUCCAACUUCAACUAGAACACUUGGUGGUAUAACCCUGGAAUUUGGACCAAAAUUCUGUGGAGUGGGUCAUGCAGUUUCGACAUCUACUACAACUUCCACAACUACCACCACCACCGUUACCACCAACACCACUACCACAAUUACCAGUGGCUCUAAUCUGAGUCUGAGACCAUUGACAUCAACUGGGAUUAGUAACACUGCUAUACCUCUUACUUCAACUGUCAAUUCAUUGGUAACCCCUGUGAUGACUUAUAGUUUUCUGGAUGGUCUGAAAAACAAGUGGAACCUUGAGGUAGAAGUUCAAGAAAAGUUCUUUCCAUACCAGGCCACCCAGGUCAGUGCUUGGGACCAUACACUGAUUGAGAAUGGUGAGAAGUUUACUGCUUUACAUGGAGAAGUGGAAAAAGUGAAACUAGAUCAAAGAAGUUUGGAACAAGAAUUAAAUUUUAUCCUGUCUCAGAAGAAAGUCCUAGAAGAUCUGUUGACUCCUGCGGAGGAGUCUGUGGACGACAAGAGUGAGCCUGUUUAUCUGUGGCAUGCAGAUGAGAAGCAGGAAAGGAUUAUUAACACUUCUAUCAUCACCGUAACUACCAUCACCAUCAUCAUCCCUUACCAGAUUUAUUGGCAUGAUACAAAAGAAGAUAGAAGAGGUACAGGUUUUUGAAGAUUGUCAUCUCAAGGAGCAGCAACACCAUAUGAAGAUUUCCUUUAAUUAAAUGACUAUAUCUCUAGCAUGUUAUUCUGGGAUUGUUUUAACCUAUAUAUUCAAUGAUGUUAAAUAGAGUAGUAUUUACAGUUACUACUUAAUCUUUUGUUGAAAUAAAGUAUGCAUGCAUUUUUCCAUUUAAAUACUAUGCUGUUGCUGAUUAUACUGUAGUGUUGCUUUCAAAAUUAAAUAAAAGCUACUACUAGUCAUGCAA